AUGAGCCCUGCGGCUGCGCUCGUCCUCCUGCUGCUGCUGAGCCGGGGCGAGGGCGGCCUCCCGCAGCCGCCGGCUCCCCGCGGACCUGCCGCCGACCGCCCCGACGCGCUGGACUCGCCUUGGGACGGCCUCGGCACGGGCGGCCGGCUCCGGGGCCGCGGAGCCCAGGCCCGCCUCAGCCUGAGCAGGCGCGCGGCCACCAGGGGCGGCGCCGUCCUGAGCGGCCAUGGCCGCCUCGCCUUCCCGCCGCGCGGGCCGCGCCUCAGCGUGCGCGUCCUGCUGCGCGCCCCGCACCGCCUGUCGCGCCGCGCGGCGCCUGCGCACGUCGACGUGCACGUGUGGGCCCCCGGCGGCCGCCUGGCCCUGGCCUGGGCCGUGCGGCUGUCGCGACCGCUGAGGCGGCCGCCCGGGCUUCCGGCCUGGACCUUCCUGCUGCGGUGGCUCGGGCCUGGGGAAGCGCGUGGGGCCCUGCGCUUCUCGCCCCGCUCCGUCCUGCCCGAGCCGCGCCCCUCCGCCGACUUCGUGGCCCAAACCCCGUGUCCCACAGACGGGCCCGUGCCCGUCGUCUUGCAAGCGGCCAACGCGUCGGGCCACAGAGCCCUCGAGUCUUCGGUGUCCUGCCAGGUGGCUCGCUGCCGCCUCUACGGGGUGAGGAUCAACAGGAAAGCGGAUGCGGAUCAUGUGCGCCUGACCAGGAAUGAAGAAGUCACCCUCAACACCACCACGGACAUGGACUGCAGGCGAUAUCAGCAGAUGUACCAGAGGUGGUAUUUGUAUUCCGUGCCCGCCGUGGGCGAUGAGCCCGAUUGGAUGCAGCCUUUGCGGGUGGCUGGGCUGGGGGACAGCAGGAACCCGACCGUCGUGCACAUCCCCAAGGCUUCCUUAAGUUGGGGGGUGUACUUGUUCAAUUUCACGGUGGUAAUCAACACGUGGGAUCCCGCCGCGAGGGUGCUCACAGAGUCAGACAGGAUCUACGUGUGGAUCGUCCGGAGCCCCUUGGUGGCCGUUCUUGCUGGGGAAGCAAACAUCACGGCCAGCUACACAGAUGAGCUGAUCCUGAAUGGGAGCAUGUCCUCGGACCCCGAUGCAAACGACACGUUGCAGGGGCUCCUCUUUUCCUGGUACUGUACCACGAAUCCAAAAAACUACAAUGGAGAUCAGAUACAGGUGGUGAGCAAGGAAGUGUGUCACCCAGCCCAGGCUAACCUGAGGUGGCCAAAGGCCCGGGACCCUGUGCUGGCCCUCUCACCAGGACUGCUUAAGGGGGGCCAGGCCUACUUUUUCAGAAUGGUGAUUCGCAAAGGCAACCGAAGAGCAUAUUCUGAUAAAACGGUACAUGUGCUGCCGGGACCAACACCUCCAGCACACAUUUUAUGCCUUGAAAACUGUGGUAGCCAUUUAAUUGUCUCAGACCGGUUUUCUUUGUAUCUCAAUUGCACUGACUGUGUAAGCAGUGAUUUGUAUAACUGGUCAAUUGUGUCUGAGCUGGACGUGGAGAUGCCUGUUGAUUGGACAGGGCAAACGUUCACAGGGAGGAAUACUGCUUAUCUGUCUCUGAAAGCUUUUGCUCUCAGUCAUUUUGUGGAAGCUAAGUUUUGGGUUUCUGUACGUGUCACAAGUUGGGGUGGGAAGACCCUGGAAUUCAAGCAUCCCAUCGUUAUGAACCAUGGCCCUCAAAGCGGAGAAUGCAAAAUUAAGCCAGCUAACGGAAUUGCAUUUGCCACCAAAUUUGUGAUUGCGUGUAAAAAUUUCACAGAUAAGCACAUGCCUCUGACAUAUAAAAUGAUCGUUUCUGAUUUGGAAGGCAUAGCUGAAAUCAGUUCAGUCCAAGAGAACACGCUGGGUUCCAUCCUGCACUUGGGGACAGACUUCACAGCGCCCCUCUCCUUUCUCCCUGUCGGUGUGUCAGCUGAUGGUCACAAGUUGAAGAUAAUUGUUCAGGUUUAUGACUCUCUGGGAGCUUUUACUCAGGUAACCUUGUACUCCACAGUGGAGCCUCCUACGAGCAAAAACUCAUCCAAGACGGUGCUGGAUCAGUUACUGAAUUCUACCAUGGGCCCAAAUUCAUCACUCUCUAUUCUACUUCAAGACCAGAAGUUUUUACCCGCAGGUUACUUAAUGUAUGUUAUAGCUUCCAUUUUAAAUAACAUGAAGCCUGAAUUGGCUUUGCAGGGUGACAAAGUCAGGCUGCGCGAGCACCUUCUCAACCAGUCUUCCGUUCUCCCACUGAGCAGCUUAGUGGACAUCAGCCAAGUAGUUGUGACCGUCGCCAAAUUAACCCAGAAAGCCUCUGAAUUCACUCCAACUGCUCGGCAAAACGCCACCAUGAGGAUGUGGCUGGCCAACCAAGGCCUGCAAAAAUAUCAGCGGAGAGAUAAGCACUUCCGCUGUGAACAGAUAGAAAUCGUAAGCACUGGAAUAUUGACAAGCCUGUCUAACAUCCUGAACCAGAGUGCCCACCACGAAGUGUUCGAAGAUCCUUUCUAUCUGGCAGAAUCCCUGUCAGACACCUUGCUGGCUUGCAAGGUGCCAGCGAAUGAAGCCAUGAUGCAGAGUGCCACCUUGAAGGUGUACUUGGAGAAGACGGAGAAGGGGAAUGUGACCCAGGUCUUCAAAAACACGCAAUUCUGCCAACAUUGUUUUCAGGCCACCCUCAAUGGGAGCAGAGUUCCUGGUCUGCCCAUAAAGACUGUGGUCUCUACGGCGUUUUGUGAGUUUGCCGAGGACCCCUUUCCUUGGUUACAUUACCCAGAAACCACUUCAGCCGAGGUGUUUGGAUUCAGAAUGUGGGGAGCCACAGAGAAUGCGGACGCCAGAGAGAUCACACCCAACGUGCUGGAAGUGUUCCUCAACAGGAAGAACUUGACUUUUGCGACGUUUAACCUCACCGUGGGACCUGAUGAGAAGGCGGAUGGGUCCUUGAGGAAGACCACAGGGGGCUUUAGCUUUGAGGUGGACCACAGAGAGGUGACGGAGGUGCUGGUUCAUAUUGUGACAGAAGUGACUGUGUGGUUCAAGGUGCUGGUGUAUGCAGGCAGUCAGGUCACUCCCACCAGUCUGCUUGCGACAUUCCUUGUGCCUCAUGAUGUCCCUCCGAUUGCCAACCAGACUGACCAGUUUGACCUAGACUGUGCAGUUAAGCAGGCCCGUGUGAUCUGCCUCCCGACAUCCCUGCUGCAAAUCAUGGCUCAGCAUAGCCAGUCACCUAAGUGUGCCAUAAUCAUGAUGCUCGAGGCACCUCGUUUUGUCCAGAAGCCCAAUAACAUGCUCGUGAAAAUUUCUCUUUUUAGUGUUCACUGCUUGGGCAUGUAUGCGAUCCAGAGUGACUGGAGAGAAGAUUACUGCAGGCUUGGUGAGAGAACCACCUGGGAGAAAGUGCACUGUGUCUGCAAGGAUGUGGGACGGGCCAAGCGGCAACUGAGCAUAAAGAACCUGCCCAAUAUUCAGCUGCACACUCACUUCCUAACUGCCAAGGUCAUCGUGGUCCCUAAUCCCGUGGAUCUGCGCAUAAAGAACAUCAAGAACCUCGGCCAAAACCCUGUGACCCUCUUCACUGUGCUCUUCAUCAUGCUCCUAUACAUCAUCCUAGCUUUCUGGGCCUUGCAUAGGGAUGAGAUGGACCAGUUUCUCCGUGACAACAUCAUAAUCCUACCUGAUAAUGAUCCUUAUGAUAAGAUCUGCUACCUGGUCACUGUUUUCACAGGAAGUCGCUGGGGAUCUGGGACCAGGGCCAAUGUCUUUGUUCAACUUACAGGAACAGAGGGUGUGAGUACUGUGCACUGUCUAAGCCACCCAUACUUUACAACUCUCUACCGGGGGAGCAUCAACACUUUUCUCCUAACGACAAAAAGUGACUUGGGGGACCUGCAUUCCAUUCGUGUCUGGCACAACAAUGAGGGCACAUCCCCUAGCUGGUAUUUGAGUCGGAUCAAGGUAGAAAAUCUGUUUAGCAGACAGAUUUGGCUGUUCAUGUGCCGGACAUGGCUCUCUGUGGACACUGUUUUGGACAGAACCUUUCAAGUUAUCCCACCAGACAUGCCUCUGAGAAAAAGGGAUUUCUUCCUUAUUGAUGUAUCUAAAAAUCUUGCCAAAAAUCACCUAUGGUUCUCCAUUUUUGCCGGUGUGGUUGCCAGGCCAUUCAACCGGCUCCAGAGGCUGUCUUGCUGCUUAGCAUUAUUGCUAAGCACUCUUCUUUGCAAUAUUAUGUUCUUUAAUGCAAACAAAGAACAGGAGGACGGGUCCAGAGAUAUGCAGUACUUUAGAUCAAUGGCAAUAGGAAUUGAAAGUGCCCUCAUUACGGUCCCUGUGCAAUUAAUAAUAACCUUUCUGUUCAUCCAUUCCCAGAAGACACAUCAAGUGAGUCUAGACGAGGUGGCUCCUCACAAACAUCCGGUGAUGUCAGAAGAGACCGGUUACUGGGAUGAGCAUCUGAACACGUGGCACGCUCAAGAGACUGCUGAGGAACACUCCAAGGAGCUUGCGAAGCCCAAAUCCAAGCAGAAGCCCAAAUCCCAGAAAAAGGCCAAAUCCCAAGCAAAGACCAAGCAUGCAAAAGUAGAAGCCAAGGCCUCAGACAUCCGCAGAGCCAAUAAAAAUUUCAGUAACAAAACGGUAACAGAAGAUGCAGAGGUUUACUCUGAAUCAUCUUCUGAUGAGCAGCCUAAGUCUGUUCAAAAGAAGCGACAGAUUGUCCUGCCUUCAUGGUGUGUUUAUUUAGCUUGGUUCUUGGUUUACACCACUUCCAGCGUAUCUGCUUUCUUUAUCGUAUUUUAUGGACUGACUUAUGGCUAUGAGAAAUCGAUAGAAUGGCUCUUUGCCUCUUUUUGUUCAUUCUUCCAGUCUGUUUUUGUCGUGCAGCCUUCUAAAAUCAUACUGCUGUCUGGUGCCCGAACUAAUAACCCCAAGUUCUGCAAAAACAUCCCGUGGUCCACUAGGUAUCACUACAGUGAGAUCAAGCUCAACACGGCAAGUAUGGCCCCAGCAGAGAGGGAGAGGCUGCACCAUCACAUUGCUAAACUCCAAGCGUCCAGGAUGUACCAGCCCCUCACGGAAGAUGAAAUCAGAAUAUUCAAAAGGAAAAAGAGGAUCAAGAGAAGGGCCUUCCUCUUCCUGAGUUACCUCCUCACCCACUCUGUCUUCCUUGUCCUCCUGCUGCUGCUCGUCGGGCUGCUGCGCCACACUGACAGCUUCCACUACAACCAGUGUAUUCAUGAUCGCUUCUCUGUGGACCUGGAUUCUGUCACGAAGCUGGAGGACAUCUACAGGUGGCUUAACAGCGUGCCCGUGCCUCUGUUCCACAAUGACCAGAAUCCGACAUUCCUUCCAGACAGUUCGUCGAAAAUCCUCGGCCUUCCACUCCUGAGGCAAGUGAGAGCAAAAUCGGGUGAAAAGCUCUGUCUGCCCACCGCCAACUUCAAGCAGAACAGCACCAUGAAAGAACUCCAUUGCCGUCCCCAGUACAGUGUUGACCCAGAAGACACAAAAGACUAUUCUAGCUUUUGGAACGAAGUGACCAAGCGGCAGGUGGACAAGAAAGUCAGUGGCUUUACUUACAAGCCCCGGGAGACGCGCUGGGUAUACUACUCCCAUGGGCUGUUACACACCUACGGAUCGGGCGGCUAUGCCUUCUGGUUUUUCCCAGAAGAGCAGCUGUUUAAUUCCACAGUGAGGCUCAGCGAACUCCAAGCAAGCAGAUGGCUGGAUGAGAAGACAUGGGCUGUGGCUUUGGAACUAACGACCUUCAAUCCCGAUGUGAAUCUGCUCUGCAGCGUUUCUGUCCUGUUUGAGCUCUCUCAGCUAGGAGCUGUCAACGCGAGCCUCUCUCUGCACUCCUUCACACUUGCCGAUCUCAACCGGAAAACCUCAGCGGAAAUCUACCUGUAUGUGGCCAUUCUCAUAUUUUUUUUUGCCUACAUCAUUGAUGAAGUCUACAUCAUGACACGGGAGCGAGCUGCCUACGCGCAGAGUGUGUACAACCUCCUCAACUUGGCUUUGAAGUGCUUCUUUACCGCACUGCUUGUGCUGUUUCUCAGGAAGCACGUCUUGGCCAGCGGUGUGACAGAGUUGUACUUGUUGAACCCCAAAGACUUCAUUCCCUUUCAUGCGGUUUCUCAAGUGGAUCACACCAUGAGGAUCACUUUGGCUUUCCUGCUGUUCCUGACCAUUCUAAAGACCCUCAGAUAUUCCAGAAUCUUCUACGAUGUGCGCCUGGCUCAGAGGGCCAUCCAGACCGCCCUUCCUGGCAUCUGCCACAUGGCAUUGGUGGUGUCUGUGUAUUUCUUCGUGUACAUGGCUUUCGGGUAUCUGGUAUUCGGUCAGCACGAGUGGAAUUACAGCGACUUGAUCCACGCCACUCAGACCAUAUUCUCCUACUGCGUCUCAGCUUUCCAAAACACGGAGUUUUCCCACAACAGGGUUCUUGGGGUCCUGUUCCUGUCUUCCUUCCUGCUGGUGAUGAUCUGCAUCUUGAUCAACCUAUUCCAGGCCGUGAUCCUGUCUGCCUACGAGGAAAUGAAGCAGCCGGUAUAUGAGGAGCCAUCAGAAGAAGUGGAAGCCAUGACCUACCUGUGUCACAGGCUGAGGCCAAUGUUUGGCUUUAUGAGUCCCCAGCCGAGGGCCGAAGAGGAGCCCGAGUUCUUCAACGACAUGCAGUAUGGACAGCAGCCCGAGUUCCUCACCGAAAUGCUGUAUGGACAGCCUGAGAAGAAGAGCCACCGGUAUCUGGGGCUGAAGACCAGAAACAUCAAUGGGAAGAAGAGGGUUUACCUCGUGGUUUGACUUCAACAGGCACCAGGGCAGAGUUUCUCCCCAGACGCUGAGCUCAUGGCAUCA